GGGAAUACCGCUUCGGGCGCACGGAGCUUAGGUGUCGUCCCACGCCCUGGACCGUUGAGCGUCUGCGCAUGUGUAGCGCUGUGGCUCGAGGUCGUGACUUUCGUGCGAUGUGGGUGCUCAGGCAGAUGGCGGUUGUCAUCCUGGUGGUUAUUGGAUAAAGGGGGCGACGGGCCGAGAAUGAAAGAGAAUGGGGAAGUUAAGCAGGUGGAAUCGGACGCCGAAUCGAGGAUGCAGAUCCCCGCUGCGGACAAGGAAACGGGACAGGGUUUCGGCAGGAGCCUGAAGCAGAAGUGCGCCGCGUACGUGCUUGCCCUGCGGCCCUGGAGCUUCAGCGCGUCGCUUACUCCAGUUGCCCUGGGUACGGCCCUGGCUUACAAGACCCUGGGCCAGCUCGACCUGACCAUUUCCCUCCUGGCUGCCUUGGCCGUGCUGGCCGUACACGCGGCCGGUAACCUGGUGAACACUUAUUACGACUUCAGCCGGGGCAUCGAUCAUAAGAAGAGCGACGACCGGACCUUAGUGGACCGGAUCCUAGAGCCACAGGAUGUGGUGCGGUUCGGAGCCUGCCUGUACACUCUGGGCUGCCUCUGCGCCUGUUCACUCUAUUUUUUGUGCAAACUCAAACUUGAACACUUAGCUCUGAUCUUCUUCGGGGGCCUUUCCAGCUCCUUUCUUUACACUGGAGGCAUUGGAUUUAAAUACUUUGCUCUUGGUGAUAUUAUCAUUCUGAUCACCUUUGGACCGUUAGCUGUGAUGUUUGCCUAUUCUGUGCAAGUUGGUUACUUGGCCAUUUCGCCACUACUUUAUGCAAUUCCUUUAGCACUCAAUACAGAAGCCAUCUUGCACAGUAACAAUACCAGAGACAUGGAGUCUGAUAAACAGGCUGGGAUUGUCACCUUUGCCAUCAUUAUUGGGCCAACGUUAUCUUACAUUGUGUAUAACAUGCUGAUAUUUGUACCCUAUGUAAUAUUUUGUAUAUUAGCAACUCGAUAUACAAUCAGCCUUGCAUUGCCGCUUUUGACUGUACCUUUGGCCUUUUCACUUGAGCGACAGUUUCGAAGCCAGAAUUAUGCCAAAAUUCCCCAGAUGACUGCAAAACUAAAUCUUUUUCUAGGAUUGUUCUACGUUUUUGCCAUUUUGUUAGCACCAUCUGGAAGCUUACCAAACUAAAACGGCACAGACUCCUUUUUCUAUAAUUUCAGAAAUCAAAAUUGACGAUGGUGAAGCUAUUUUUAUUUUAAAAUAGAGAAGUUGGAACAGUACUUUUUUUUUCAAUUAAGCCACUAUUCCUUUUAAACAAAAAAUUGUUAAUUUUUUGCAGUUACUCCACCUUCCACUCCUUGGCAAAGGUGCAAUUUGCACCUGAAAAUUAAAUGGUGCAUGGUGUGUUUUUUUUUUAAAACAAUGAUUUCAACAUCAGGAAAACAAUUUGCAUACGUACUGUACAAGUAAUCCAUAUUUUCAGUGUCAUCAUAUGGUGAGAAACUAUAUCACAAGUAGAUUUAAACUCAUGCUACCUUAGAUUUUGAUUCAUUAUACCUAAUCCUUUACAUAGUUGAUUCUCAUAUAUAAAAUCAUGGACAAUAGAAAAUUGAAUUUAUCUGUUUUUUACGUCUUGAAAACUUUAAGCAUUAACAGGUUAAUAAUGGAGGACUGACGUAGCUUGUAAAUGGCUUGUGAUAUAAUUUCAUUUUGGCAACAUCUGUAAUGGACAAAUUUGUAUGAUUUAUACAAUUGGUUUCUGGUAGUGCAAGAAAGUGAAUUUGUAGCACACAUACAGAUGUACUGAGAAUUGGUCCUAGGAAGUAAUUUUAGAUAUGUGAUGUCCAUCUAAUUUGAGAGAACAUCUUUUUGUUUUGCUUUUGAGUUUGUUUGAACUUAAUUGUAAUUGCAUUUCGGUACUUGUUUAAUUCUGUCAUAACAUGCACUGUUUAUUUGCAAGGAUUGAUAUUUUGAAGUUAUGUUUGAAAUACAUAAAUUAAUGGUAAAAAGGAGAUUAAAAGGCAGGUAAACAGCUUGGCAAGAUGUCAAAACGUAAACUGUUUUAGAGGAUGGAGUAUUUAGUAUUUAUCAUUUUACUUUGUACAAGAUUUCAAAUGACUUUGCAUUAAAUUUUAAGGGAAUAAAUGGAUUCUUGUUUACCCUUUACACUCCCCAGAGUUAGCUAUUCAGUUCAAUUAAUGACCUCUUGGUCAGCUGUGCAGUUGGGCAAUCAAAAAUUGCUCCUUUUGCCAUGCUAACGUUGGUCCAUUUAGCGAGGUCAAGCAAUUCUUUUGUUGUUAUCUAAGUCAGAGUUUCUCCAAAGUGCAAUUUGAGUUUGUGAGCUGUGACGCAGGUAUGGCCACCUUGGAAUUUUGCCUCUCCACACUCCCUUUCCUGUCUUCUCUCAGGUCAUCUUUCCCACUUUUGCAUUUCUCACUGAGCGGUAAUGAUUAUUUUCAAGUCUCAAUCAUGUCACAUUUGGAAAGUUUAGAACACUGAGUUAAUUAGUGAAUGAGAUAUAAUGGCUUUCACAAUCAAUGUACUGCAUUAUGUUGGAUCAACUCACUGCAGAUGCUGAAAUCUGUACUGAAAACAACAAAUGCUGGAGAUCACAGCGGUCAAACAGCAUCCACAGAGAGAGAACAAGCUCUGUUGAAGAGUCAUUUAGAUUUGCAAUGCUAGCUUGCUCUCCAUCGAUGUAACUCACUGUGAUCUCUAGCACUUGUUUUCAGUACUGAAUUUUGCUACUGGCUUAAAAGGCAGGAAAAAAGUGCCAGCAGUAUAAAAACUUUCUCCUGUUCAAGCCUCCUUUACAAUCAUAACAACAACAAAAUUGAAAAGCCUAUUAAUUUAUAUGAGAAACUUGGAAUUUUGUUAGUUUGAGGAAGACAUUUUAGAAUUCUUCUGUUUUUUUUGCUUUGGACAUAAUUUAUUUUAAACUUCAUUCUCUCCAUUUGGAAACUUGCUACUUCAGGACUGUCUCGUGUUGUUUGAACAUCAGUGGAGUUUUUCCAUGAGAAAUUGUAGAAGCAGGCAUCCUUUCCAUCACUGGAUGUUUUGUGCUCCAAAUGAUAUAUUUUCACGAAGAGAUUGGAGAAAAAACUAUUAGGGUCAAAUAAAAAGAAUGGUUUAUUGCCCUUGAGUGUAUUUUCUCUUCAAUGUAAGGAUUUUUUUUCAUGAAGAAAUAUGUUUUAUUCAAAGAUAUCAGUUUCCCAUUUUUAGGAAAUGUUAGUAAUUGAACUUUAAUUUCUGUUGCCUUAAGUAAUUAAUUAUUGCACUGACCAUUGAUUUUUUUUCUUUUUGUUUUGUCUUCAAGUAUUUAUAGAUUUUUCACGUGGAUAAAGAUUUGAAAUGCAGAAAAUGUCAGUGUCAAGAUAGUUUUGUUAAUUCAGUGUGCUGUGGGGAGUAUGGAGCACACCAUCGCCUGUGUCGAUGAAUAUGCUCCCUAAUUCAUCACAAAAACAGAAAUUGCUGAAUAGCAUCUGUGGAGAGAAACCAUCAAUGUUAUGAAUCCAGUGACCUUUUGUCAGACCUACUUUUUGUUUCGGAUUUCCAGCAUCUGCAGUUCAUUAUUUUUCUCCCCUAUUUAUAGUUGUUUCUUUUUAAUUAAGUCUUACCUGAAUUUUGUUUACGGUAUUUUUUACAUUUGUUUUGCUGCUCGAUACAUUAAAAUUCUUGAAGUUCAUUUCCUUUUGACUGAAGAGCACUUUCAUCCCAUAAUAGUAUUACUGAAUAGUGCAAUGAAGUAAAAUUAACUAUGAUUAAGCUCAAUCAUUUAGAGACAUAUAAUGAGUUAACAGAGCAUUCAAAGGAAUUUUGAUUUUUAUUUUAUUGUGACUCCUAUUGUCAAAACUUCCUGACCUAAAAAGAGAGAUUUUAGGAGGGAGAGUUUUGGUCUUUCUUUCUCUUGUUGACAUUUGCUUAUUCAAGAAUUAACCUGUGGAUGUGUAAAAACAUGCUUUCCGCUAGUGUGUUGUUUACAUGAAGCUAAAUUUGGACAGAUUUUCAAAUCACACUGCCCGGAUACAUCUUUUAGCAAUUCCAGCAUCCCAAAAGUAGAGAUUUGCAAGCGCAUACAGUCUGGCAGAAACAAUCUUCUAUCCAGGCUGGUAUGUUACCCUGACACAAUUUGGUGUCAGAAAAUUAUUAGCCAGUUUGAUCCAAACAAAUAAAACUGACAAAUGAUAGGAACCUAAAUUUAUAAUUUGUGUUUGGGACAGGUUACUGGACUGAUGGCUGUUUUAUUUUAAGUACUUUGAAACCUUUUUUGAAAUGGAUUUGACUUGGAGAGUCGUCCCCAUACACCUCAUUCUCCAAAACCUAGAAAGAAAAUUAACCUUUCCUAAUAUCUUUAUGUAUUCUGAUCCUUUAAGAUUGUCUGUCCAUGACGAGGAUUAUUCUGGAAAAUAAAUGCCUAUGAUGCAGUGUAUGACAUAUUAGCAUAGCUGGAAGAUUGUUUUUUUUUGUCAGCCAGCUAAAGGGUGUAUAAAAAUGGGUGUUUGUUUGACAAGCUGUGCUGAGUGUGGUCCUGUAAGGAUCUAUGCUGGGACCUCAAUAUUUUGCUUCAGUUACACAUAUUGGUGAGACCACAUCUUGAGUACUGAGAAGUUUUGGCCUCUCUUGGUAAGGAAGGACCUAAAUGCUUUGGAAGUGGUUUAUAGAAGGUCUACCAGAUUUGUAUCUGGAAUAAGACGGUUGUCUUCUGAGAAAAGAUUGGAUAGGCCAGACUUGUUAUUACUGGAGCCUGGAUAGUCUUGAUAAGAUUAAUGUGGAAGAAUAUUUCAUCUUGUGGGUAAGUCCAUAAUUAAAGGGCACUGUUUUAAAAUUAGGCAUUGCCUUUUCAUAACAAUUUAAGGGGAAAAAAGUUAUUAUUGCUUUGUAACCUGACAACUCUGCAUCAAGCGGUAGAAUCAUUAUAUUUUUCAGAGUUCUAAGUUUUUUAGACAGUUGGGUAGAUUAUGGAACCUGGGGUUGUUCAGGGUAGGUGGGAAUGUUGAAUUUGCAAUGCAAAUAAAUCAGCCAUGAUGUUAAUUAAUGGUGAUGCAGAUCAAAGGAUCAAAUUAUCCACUCUGCUCUUGUUUUAUAUGUUCUUCUGCUUUGUACUAUUGUUUUUCCUUAAGCAUAAGUAUUGUUUGAAACAAAUUUCUAGUUCCUCAUUAGCGUUUAAUACACAACACUAAUAGAUAUAAUCACCGUGGGUGGCACAGUGGUUAGCACUGCUGCCUCUCAGCGCCAGAGACCUGGGUUCAAUUCCCGUCUCAGGUGAC